AUGCUCUUGACACCUCUUCUGACACAACACUACAUGACGUGCAUGCAUCCGCUGCAGUUAUCCCUGGCUGAUCCCUGCCCCUCCGUUAGCCCCGCGAAAGAAGCCGUAGCCUGUCCGCUCUCGUGGACCGUCGGCGCCGACACGGGUCGAGAUACGAGCCCCGGACACCAACAGAGACAUGAUGCGAAAGCAUUCUGUGCGCAUGACACCUCUAGACUGAGCUUCGCCGUGACGCUAGCACGCGAUCAAGUUAUCCCUGGCUGA